GCGUGGCUUGCGGGAUGGUUCAGUUUCCGAGGUAACGACGUAGGCGUCGGGGACGUGGGGGGAGAAGGGGUUUCUUGUUGGUUCAAGGCCUGCCGGGCGGCUGCUGUUGGCUGCGUUUCCUUUGGAAUUGACUGUGUCAUUCUAUCAAAAUUAUGGGAUUAUUCGAUAAACUGGCAAGUUGGCUUGGCCUGAAAAAGAAAGAAGUUCAUGUGCUGUGCCUUGGAUUAGACAAUAGUGGUAAAACAACAAUUAUCAACAAGUUAAAACCAUCAAAUGCUCAAGCUCAAGAUAUUGUUCCCACAAUAGGAUUCAGUAUAGAAAAAUUCAAGACAUCAAGUUUAUCAUUCACUGUUUUUGAUAUGUCAGGUCAAGGUAGAUACAGAAAUCUCUGGGAACACUAUUACAAAGAUUGCCAGGCCAUUAUUUUUGUCAUUGAUAGCAGUGACAUACUAAGAAUGGUUGUGGCCAAGGAAGAACUUGACACUCUCUUGACUCAUCCAGAUCUUAAACAUCGCCGAAUACCAAUUCUGUUCUUCGCAAACAAGAUGGAUCUCAGAGAUGCUGUUUCCUCUGUUAAAGUCUCUCAUUUACUGACCUUAGAGAACAUCAAAGACAAGCCAUGGCAUAUCUGUGCUAGUGAUGCUCUUAAAGGAGAAGGAUUGCAAGAAGGUGUAGACUGGCUUCAAGAUCAGAUCCAAAUAAUGAAGACAUGAAAAGCUAAUGAGCUAAUGGAAAUAUUAAAGAUAAUUUAUACAUAUUGAAGGCCUUGGAGAUAAAGAAUUUUUAGGCCCGUGGGUUUUCUUGUGUUGGCUUUUAUAAAAGCCUUUAAAAAUAAAAUAGUACUUUUUUCUAAUAGCUCCAUAACGGCCAUCAUAUGACCAGAAAUUUAGGUGUGUCAAAUAAAAUAAUGAAAUAAUUGUAUACUAUUCAAAAACCUUUGGUAUGUUUUUUGUUUGAUUUUUUUAGUUAGAGCUUAGGGAAAGGCAUCUUAUGUCUAAAAAGCUGAUUUCUGAAAAGCUUUUCAUAGUGUCUUGCAUUCAGAACUUCACCCUGGCCAUGUCUCCCUGUUGAACUAAAAUUUGGUUUAAAUUAAUAGUCACAAGAAAGAAAAAAAUGCUGCAAGAUGUAAGCAAUACUUCUUGUUCUUUUACACCUUUUUCCUGCAGUUGUGAAAAUGACUUUUGUAGCUUUUCUUCUCCAUCAUUUUUUUCUCAUCAUGUUGUAUUGUCUAGUCUACAGAUCAUGGUUUACCCAACUCUGGUUGUAUACAAAGUAACUUCAAAUCAUGGUUGGAAAUUUGGCUUUAUAAACCUGUUUUUAUAUAACAAAGAAUUUGGAAAGAGAAUAAAUAAGGCUUAAGAAAAAGUUAAACUAAAGUUGUUCUUCUAGCCAGAUAAUAGAAGAAAAAAAAUGGGAGCUACAAGCUCAGACAUAAUGUGCAAAACGGAGUGGU